ACUUGAUUCUGCUCACGGAUAAUUUAAAUUUCUAAAGCCCACCGUUAAUCUUGAAGUUGAAGUUUGACAACGCUCUAACCAGUAACACCUACUAUGAAUCGUAUACGCCUAGUGAAAUCAAAAGUCAGAAGCAAGGAGGUACGAAGAUAUAUAUGAUAGACUAUCAAUAUAUCGAGAAUCGACUGGUCUAGACUGGCUAGUGAUUGCAGGAAAAGUUGAGCUCGACAUUCAGUUUCCACUCGUGAUUUGAUGCGGAUGCGUGACCGAGCGACUUCAGCUAGGUGAGUCCAUUAAAAUUAAUGUGAUCGGUAUCAAAUAUCGAAGACCUAUAGGGCUAUUGAUUUUGAGGAUUUAUUUACCGCUACAAAGUCAAGGCCAUUGGUGACGACCGUCUGAUAUUGGAGUGGUUUGUCGUUCAACCCGGUAUUUCGUGUUCCAUAAUUGAACGAAAUACAAAGUCAAAGAAUUUCAUUAUUAGAUCAGUCCUAACAUAGUUCAUUUUUCAAACAAGAACGAGAUUACUAAGCCUACCAGAUUCAGGAUAUAUAUGUAUCCAGUGUAUUUGUGUUCAUAUUCCGUCACUCAGAUUUAGGCUGUACAUAUGUAACUCCCCAUAAUGUCAGUCAUCAUAGUUGGAGGUGGUAUCAUGGGUGUUUCUACCGCUUAUUAUCUGUCAAAAAGGAAGGUCGACACACUAAUAAUUGAAAAAGAGCAACUUGGAUCUGCAGCAUCUGGGCGAGCUGGGGGAUUCCUUGCUAAGGACUGGUGUUCUCACAAUGAAAUGGAUGUUUUAGCUCAGAACGGUUUUGAUUUGCACAUGAAAUUAGCAGAUGAGUUCGGUAGUGCAUGUGAUUAUAGACGUGUUAAUACGUAUUCUAUAUCAUUAUCUCCUGGGAAAUCUUCCGGUUCUUCAAAUUCACCAUCUUGGGUCAAUGCGAAAGUAAAAAAUUGUUCACUGAUAGGCGACUCUACAACUACUGCACAGGUACAUCCCAAAAAACUCACAGAUGAAUUAUUUCGGCGUGCUCAAUAUUUAACAAAUCAAGGAACAAAAUUGAAAAUUGCCCGUGUUAUAGGACUAGAGUUUUCAACAUCGAAUACAUCGGCUCCCAAAGUUAGUGGUGUUCGAGUAAUAGAAUCAUCUACUUCAAAUUCUGAAGUUAUCCCUGCCAGUUUAGUUAUACUUACUACAGGACCAUGGUCAAAGGAAGCUGUUAGUUGGUUACCAUUAGGAUGUUUAAAUCCUAAUAAAUUUCAUGGAAGGCGAGCUCAUAGUAUCAUAUUGAAACCAAAAAUAGAGAAGUCUCCAAUAGAUGCUAAGUGUUUGUUCAUGGAUUAUCAAAAUUCUGAGUUCUCUUGUUCACCUGAAGUUUAUCCAAGACCUGAUAAUACAGUCUAUGUAUGUGGUCUUGGUGAUGGAGCACCUGUACCGUCUUCAAAGGACCAAGUUGAAAUUGAAUCUUGGCGUUGUAAUCGUUUAAAAGAAAUAGUUACUAGUGUAGUCCCAUCGUUAAAAGAUGCUGAGAUGAUAACAGAAUCUGCUUGUUAUUUACCGCUAGUGAGUGAUGGCUAUCCUGUCAUUGGUCAAAUUCCUGGUUUAUCCAAUGUUUAUAUUGCCACGGGUAAUUCUUGUUGGGGAAUUCUUACUGGACCUAUAUCUGGACGCCUUUUAACAGCUGUCAUUUUAAAAAAUAAUCCUAAUUUAAUACAGAGCACAAAUUCAAACGUCACCGACCAAAUGGAGCUGGAUGAAAAAAAAGCCCAAGAUGAUUUAUUACAACAACCCGGUAUUGAGUUGUUUAAUCCAGCAAGACUGAUAAAAUAAAUAACUUGAUUUUUUAUAUUUUUAAAAAUCAGAAUCUGUUUUUUUUCGUUUUAUUUUUUUUUUUAUCUCAAGUGGAGUUUCACAUUAAUCUGACGGGUGUUUUCGUCUGAUUCAACCAGUACAACUCACUUGUCAUGACUAAAACUUCUCUUUUUGAACCAGAUUGUGACAAAAAAUACACAUAUCUAAGUAUUGUUGCCUAAUACACUACCAUUUAUUUAUUA